UCAGUACCAGUUGGGUCUGCUUGGACUGUCGUCAGAAGGGAGGAGGUCAUCAAUGCCGAAAUUGGGUGAAGAAUUAAACAACCAGUAGUACCAAGAAGGAAAGUGUUGCUCUCAUUGAAAUCAGUAUGAUUUCCUCUUUGGGCGCCCUUUCCCUCAUUUUCCAUGGAACAGGGACGCUGAAGACGAUUGAGCCACUCAUCAGCGGUCAGAGGGACGACUCCGACAUGCCUAGGAUGAGCAAAAUUCCGGCCAUUGGUUUGAAGACUGCCAAGGUCCCGGCCAGCAUAGGUUCCACUUCGUUGCCACAAACAUGGAAAGAGGCAGGCGAAAUAUCCCAGAUGAUCAUCUAUCCGGGCAAAUCGCUCAAGGGAAACUCCGUCCAAGUAGCUUAUGUAGAUAAGCACGGCCUUCGAUCGGGGGAAAUGUGCGAUCGGCAAAUUUUAGUGGUGGAUGCUAAUGGUCGCUUUGUGACGGGUAGGCGUUAUCCCAAGAUGGUUUUGAUAUCCGUGGAGGUCACGGCUGACCUUGACCUCGAACUGAAAGCUGAAGGCAUGAAAGAUUUCCAUUUGGAGCUGAAGGACAUUCAAAAGAACACCGCCAAUGGCAACUCUAAUGUCGAGAUUUGGGGCGAAAACUGCACGGGAUUGGACCUUGGGGAUGAAGCAUCGGCAUGGAUCACGGAGUUCAUCAAGGACGAUGGGGACAAACAUUUCCGUCUCGUGUGGCACCAAAAUACGGACCAAUCCUCGAGGCCGCCCAAUAGUGAACUCAUGGAUGUGGAACCAUUCAAGAAAGAGAACGAUGUCCCAUUGUAUGCUGAUGGGUUUCCAUAUUUGCUCGUCUCAGAGGAAUCUGUGGCUGAUCUGAAUGAAAAGCUCUCCGAUCGAAACGUGGAUCUGAAAGUGAAUGCCCUUCAAUUCCGACCCAAUUUGGUCGUAAAAGGCGUUCCGCAAGCCUUUGCCGAGGACACUUGGACCUACAUCAAAGUGAAUGAUGUGAUAUUUCGGAAUGCCAAGCUCUGUUCCCGGUGCGUUUUCACGACAGUGUGCCCAGAAAGAGGAGAAAAGCAUCCCAAGCGAGAACCCUUUGAGACCCUGCAAACGUAUAGACGAUCCCAAGAUCCCGCUGAGAUCAAAGCUUAUGGCCAAUGUCCUUUCUUUGGAAUUAAUUUGGGCGUGGAUCAGGUUGGACCAAUCAAAGUGGGCGACAAAAUCCUCAUUGGAGCUGAUUAAUGGGAUGUGGAUGUGAUGAGGAGACAAUGAUAUUGAAAAUCACUUUUCAUUAAUCAUCUUGCUAACCCAAUGGAUUGCUCAACAACUCUGAUCAAUAAAUUGAGCACAAUGUAGUCUA